AUGGGGUCUGAUCUAGAGUCGCGCGAUGAUAUUGAUGAUAUGGACCAAACAGAUGAAUACGAUUUUGAAGAUGAUUUAAUUGACGACGGUGAGUCUUGUGAAGGAUCUGAUGGUUCAAGUGAUAACUUGGAAGGUGAUAGCGGUGAUGACGAAGAUGAAGAUGAUGACGAUGCUGAUUCGGCUGAUGAUGAUGAAGAUGAUGAUGAAGAUGUUAUGUUGGAUGAUGAGACUGAGAUUGAUGAUGAUAGUGAGGAUCAGCAAAACGUCGAACCGAGUGAUAUACUCAUCGAAAAGAAUAUUAGUUUUACAGACGUGGAUGCAUAUACUAAUUUGAAACGUUCUUCCAUGGAGCUCAUAUUAUCGGAUGAACAGGCCACUGUUAGAGAUGGUGAGAUCGGUGUCGCAUCGUCUAGCAUAGAUGUUGGCAAGAUCACUAUAUCGUCCACUUCUCCUACUAAGUUCGAACUCAAUCCCCGUAUUCCAGAGUUAGAUGAGUUUUUGGAACAGUAG